CUUCCCACCUUGUUCUCGUCGAGGAGCACGUCGCAGUGCCUCACGAGGUGCCGCUUGGGCCCGGGACGCGGCGGUACCCGGAUGUGGAGCCGCUCUCGCCCGGCGGGGACUCGGUGGCGGGGCGGAGCGCGGCGGCGUGCGCGGGGGCUGAGGGAAGCGGGCCCCGGGGCCCGGGCGCCGGCCGCUCGCCGGUCGCUAGCGCCGCUGCCCACCGCGGAGCCGGCUCCCGGGCGCCGAGGCCCGAGCGAGCGGCUGGGGGCCGCUGAGGGCCCGCAGCUUGCCUGGCCUCCCGCUGCGCUCGCCGCCGCGUCCGGGCGAGCCUCCCCCGGCCCUCCGCGCUCCCGGCCGGGGGAGAGCGAGGUUUGCUGGCGGCCGUCGCUGUAGCCCGGCCGGGGAGCCCGGGGCAAGCGGCAGAGCCCCCGCGCACGGCCGCUCGCCCUCGGCCUGCAAGCCGCCGCCGGCGAGCCGCCGCGGGCGGGCCUCCAGUGGGAGCGGGGGCCGCGACGGCCACGGCCCGGCCUGGGCGAAGGGCCCCUCGGGGACCGCUCCGCCGCCCCGGUGAGUCGGCCCCACGACCCGCGGGGCUCGCUGCCGCCCCCACCGGUGCCCAGAGUGCGGCCCGGGCCCAGCUCCCUCACGGCUCCCCCGCCGGCGGCGGCGCCCACCGUCCGGGCCCCGAUGAGUAACUCCCGCAACAACCGGGUGAUGGUGGAGGGGGUCGGCGCCCGCGUAGUGCGCGGCCCAGACUGGAAGUGGGGCAAGCAGGACGGCGGCGAGGGCCAUGUGGGCACAGUACGGAGCUUCGAGAGCCCAGAGGAGGUCGUGGUGGUGUGGGACAACGGCACGGCCGCCAACUACCGCUGCUCCGGGGCCUACGACCUGCGCAUCCUGGACAGCGCGCCCACCGGCAUCAAGCAUGAUGGAACUAUGUGUGAUACUUGCCGCCAACAACCGAUCAUUGGCAUUCGAUGGAAAUGUGCAGAGUGCACAAAUUAUGACUUGUGCACCGUUUGUUAUCAUGGAGAUAAACAUCACUUAAGGCAUCGCUUUUAUAGGAUUACUACCCCAGGAAGUGAACGGGUUCUGUUAGAGUCUCGUAGAAAAUCUAAGAAGAUUACGGCCAGAGGCAUCUUUGCAGGUGCCAGAGUCGUGCGAGGAGUGGACUGGCAGUGGGAAGACCAAGAUGGGGGCAAUGGGCGGAGAGGAAAGGUAACGGAAAUCCAAGAUUGGAGUGCAUCAAGCCCACACAGUGCAGCGUAUGUUCUCUGGGAUAAUGGUGCUAAGAACCUUUACAGAGUUGGCUUUGAGGGCAUGUCUGAUCUGAAGUGUGUCCAGGAUGCCAAAGGAGGUUCUUUCUACAGAGAUCAUUGUCCUGUGCUAGGUGAGCAGAAUGGCAACAGGAAUCCUGGUGGAUUGCAGAUUGGUGACCUAGUAAAUAUAGACCUUGACCUAGAAAUUGUCCAGUCUUUGCAGCACGGUCAUGGAGGAUGGACUGAUGGGAUGUUUGAGACUUUAACUACGACUGGAACUGUCUGUGGCAUCGAUGAAGAUCAUGACAUUGUAGUACAGUAUCCAAGUGGCAACAGGUGGACCUUCAAUCCUGCUGUUCUCACUAAGGCAAACAUUGUCCGAAGUGGAGAUGCUGCACAGGGUGCAGAAGGAGGCACCUCACAGUUUCAAGUGGGUGAUCUGGUGCAAGUCUGUUAUGAUCUGGAAAGAAUUAAACUUCUCCAAAGAGGACACGGUGAAUGGGCUGAAGCAAUGCUUCCAACUUUAGGUAAAGUUGGCCGAGUACAACAGAUUUAUUCGGACAGUGAUUUAAAAGUGGAAGUUUGUGGAACAUCUUGGACGUAUAAUCCUGCAGCAGUUUCCAAGGUGGCAUCUGCAGGAUCAGCCAUUAGCAAUGCAUCUGGUGAAAGACUCUCACAGCUUCUGAAGAAAUUAUUUGAAACCCAAGAAUCUGGUGACCUCAAUGAAGAGCUGGUGAAGGCUGCUGCCAAUGGGGAUGUGGCUAAAGUGGAAGAUUUGCUGAAAAGACCAGAUGUGGAUGUAAAUGGGCAGUGUGCUGGCCACACAGCUAUGCAAGCUGCUAGUCAAAAUGGACAUGUUGAUAUUUUGAAGUUACUUUUGAAGCAAAAUGUAGAUGUAGAAGCAGAGGAUAAAGAUGGAGAUCGAGCCGUUCACCAUGCAGCCUUUGGAGAUGAGGGUGCUGUUAUUGAAGUCUUGCACCGAGGCAGUGCUGACUUGAAUGCUCGUAAUAAGCGUAGGCAGACACCUCUGCAUAUCGCUGUCAAUAAAGGUCAUCUUCAGGUUGUGAAGACCCUGCUGGACUUCGGCUGUCACCCCAGUCUCCAGGACUCUGAAGGUGACACUCCUCUCCAUGACGCCAUAAGUAAGAAGCGGGAUGACAUCCUGGCAGUUCUUUUGGAAGCUGGAGCAGAUGUGACCAUCACUAACAACAAUGGGUUCAAUGCCCUGCAUCACGCUGCACUGAGAGGGAAUCCCAGUGCAAUGCGUGUUUUACUCUCAAAAUUGCCAAGGCCGUGGAUUGUGGAUGAGAAGAAAGAUGAUGGUUACACUGCACUGCACCUGGCUGCCCUGAACAAUCACGUGGAAGUGGCUGAACUCUUGGUGCAUCAGGGAAAUGCAAACCUGGAUAUCCAGAACGUGAACCAGCAAACGGCCCUACACCUUGCUGUUGAACGGCAGCACACCCAGAUUGUUAGGCUUUUGGUUCGUGCAGGUGCUAAGCUAGACAUUCAGGAUAAGGAUGGAGAUACUCCUUUGCAUGAGGCUUUGAGACAUCAUACUUUGUCUCAGCUACGCCAGCUACAAGACAUGCAAGAUGUGGGGAAGGUAGAUGCUGCUUGGGAACCAUCAAAAAACACAUUAAUAAUGGGACUUGGUACCCAGGGGGCAGAAAAGAAGAGUGCAGCAUCUAUUGCCUGUUUUUUGGCAGCCAAUGGUGCCGACCUCAGCAUUCGAAAUAAGAAGGGUCAAUCUCCACUGGAUCUCUGUCCUGACCCAAGUCUCUGCAAAGCGCUGGCAAAAUGUCAUAAGGAAAAAGUCAGUGGCCAAGUGGGUUCUCGGAGUCCUUCUAUGAUUAGCAAUGAUUCUGAAACCUUAGAGGAAUGUAUGGUGUGCUCAGACAUGAAGAGAGAUACUCUGUUUGGUCCAUGUGGACACAUUGCAACUUGUUCUUUGUGUUCUCCGCGUGUCAAGAAAUGCCUCAUCUGUAAAGAACAAGUUCAGUCCAGGACAAAGAUUGAAGAAUGUGUGGUGUGCUCUGACAAGAAAGCGGCUGUUCUUUUCCAACCAUGUGGACACAUGUGUGCCUGUGAGAACUGUGCCAGCCUGAUGAAAAAGUGUGUGCAGUGCCGGGCAGUCGUUGAACGAAGGGUGCCUUUCAUUAUGUGCUGUGGUGGAAAGAGUUCGGAAGACCCCUCUGAUGAUAUCUCAAGUGGGAAUAUUCCAGUGCUGCAGAAGGACAAAGACAACACCAAUGUCAACGCAGAUGUGCAGAAGCUGCAGCAGCAGCUGCAGGACAUCAAGGAACAGACAAUGUGCCCUGUGUGUUUGGAUCGUCUGAAGAACAUGAUUUUUCUCUGUGGCCAUGGAACGUGCCAGCUCUGUGGAGACAGAAUGAGUGAAUGCCCAAUUUGUCGCAAGGCAAUUGAACGAAGGAUUCUUUUGUAUUGAUUAAGAAACACAGAGUGUUUUGUUAGCUAAAGCAUUUGAAAGCAAAUCUCAGUACAUCAAAAAAAAUCCUAUUAUUGGAAAGAAAAUUACCAUAUCUUUGAGAAACAAGGACAUCUCUCUCCAAGUCAAUAUAAGAAGUAAGCAUCCACAUCUAGAAGGCUCCCAUUGUGAGUGCUCACAUGACAGGAGCCUCUUGUCCAAGGGUCCAAGAAGCUUUCAUAUUUUAACACCUACUUCUUCAGGAUUAAGAUGUAUUUGGAAAGUACCCUGAAUAGAAUAGGCUUGAUCAAAAAGAACCAGACAGGAAGACUCAGCUUGUCUUUCCCUAUAUUUUAAAAAGCUUAUUCCUCUUCAAAAGUCAGAUGUGUGUGUGUGUGUGUGUGUGUGUGUGUGUGUGUGUGUGUGUGUGUAUGUAUCACUUUUUAUAAGGUAAGUAAGUAUUUUACAGCAACGAUGUAUCUCCCCUUUUCAGUGUUUUAUGAGUAAUCCGUCAUUGAAUAGUUUGGGGGUAUUUUACUUUAAAGUUGCUAGAUGUACUUGUUUUUUUCACCUUGUUGAGAGGUUUUCUGACUCCAGUUUAAAAGAUAUGUAUCCCAAAUGUCUGAGAGAAAAUCUAUUAGAAAUAGAAUCUUUUGUUUAAUUGAUAAAAAGCACGUGUUCCAACUUUAAAACUGUGAAUUUAUUUUGGAUAACCUCUAAUUAAUUGUAUUUUUGUUUAUUUUUAUUACUGUAUAAGCAGCUAUCUCAUGGUAUUAUUAAAUUGAAACUCUAGGUUUAAAAUAAAGACAUUUUAGAAAAUCUA